UGUCCGUCCCCAAUUCGAGACGGAAAUCUCCCGUUCCGCUCCCGAUUCGAGACGGACGCGCCGCCGCCGACCUCCUCCUGCCCACCCCGCUCCCGCUCCGGAUCCAGCCCCAAGCCCCCAGCCCACCAGCUCCACUUUCCUUCUAUAUCCGCCGCCACGCCACGCCACGCACGCCACCUCGGCUCCGGCUGCCGCAACCAGCCCACCAGCUCCACUUUCCUUCUAUAUCCGCCGGCAAGGACAAGCCUCCGGCUGCCGCAACCGCCUCUGCCCCGGCUAUAAAGGCGCGCCCUUUGGCCGGCCCGCUCCUCCUCUCUUCGCCCAGGCCAUGCCCCUCGCCUCGAUUCGUCCUCGACUCCUGCCUCUCCUCCUCCCGCGUCUGGUUUCAUCUUGCUCCUCCUCGCUCGACUCGUCCGUUUAGACUAGAAUUGCUCGUCCUCGAUUCGUCUGUGUUGAAGCGCGUCUGAUUUGAUUGAUUUUGCUCGUCCUCGGUUCAUCCGUUUAGAUAGAAAAUCGCGUCUGGUUUCAUUUUGCUCGUCCUCGCCGUCACCCGUUUAGCAUCGCUUCCGAGUUGAUUUUGCUCGUCCUCGCCGUCGCCAGUUUAGAGUCGCGUGUGAUUUGAUUUUGCUCGUCCUCGCCGCCGCCCGUUUAGCAUCGCUUCCGAGCUGAUUUUGCUCGUCCUCGCCGUCGUCAGUUUAGAGUUGCGUGUGAUUUGAUUCUGCUCGUCCUCGCCGCCGCCCGUUUAGAAUCGCUUCCGAGUUGAUUUUGCAGGUCCUCGCCGUCGUCAGUUUAGAGUUGCGUGUGAUUUGAUUCUGCUCGUCCUCCUCCUCGUCCGUUUAGAUCAGAAAUCGCGUCUGUUUUGAGUUUUCUUUGUCCUCGCCGUCGUCAAUAUAGAUAGAAUCGCGUCUUGAUUUGAUUUUGCUCGUUCUCGUCCAGUCCGUUUGGAAUCGCGUCUGAUUUGAUUCUCCUCGAUCCCCUGUGUUGCUGCUGGGUUCUUUACACUGAUGCUCUCGCGUGUUCUUCGUGCCGUCUCAUCGGGGGUAUCCGUGGAGGAAGCGAGCGGUCGGUCCGUCGGUCGGUUUGGGUCGUCUGGUUUGCGAACUAACAAGUCUGUUUGAGAAACUUCUGCGUGCGCUUCUGUUAUCUGAGAGACGCUCACGUUCCUGCGUUUCAUGUUCGCGUCGGGCCCUUGUUCGCGUCUGCUUUUGAAAUUGGAAUUGCUGUUUAUCAUGCUCGUUCAGAUCGGUUCCUCUGCUCCGUUACCUGCGCUGUUCGUCGGUUACUUUCAUAUCUCAAACGCAUGCGCCCUUUGAUACUGCUUGAUGGAUGUUCAGAUCUCAAAUGUUGCGUUGUUCAGAUCGGUUAUUUUGAUUGAAAUUGGGUUGUUGGCCCUCUGUCGUUUCUUAUUCUACUUGAUGGAUGUUCAGGGUGUUACUAUGUUGUUUUCAAUUGCUUACUCUUGUCAUGCUUUGCUCAUGUUCCCAUAUAUGGUGAUGUGUAUUCAGGGGUGCAAACCAUUUAGGCAGAAAGUUUUACAAGAGUGCAAACCAUGUGGCCUUCUUUUCUUCCUCAUGUUGCUAUUUCCAUUUAACUGCUCAUCAUACGAGUACUAGAUGUCGAGGUGCUGCUAGUUAGUCCCCCUUAGACUUUGUUCUAGAUAAAAGAGCAUAACUCCAGAAUUUAUUUAUCUGUAAAAGCUUGUUCAUCACAUGUUUUUUUGUCAAUGCUGCUAACUUUAUAGCUUUCUGAGAUUACUUCGGUCUUGCAUGUAUUAGCUUUCUGUUUGUGCCCCUAUCUAAGUCUGUUUCUUGUGUGCAAGCGCUCCAUUCUGUGUGUGUCACUGUGUGUGGCUUGAUGGUGAAUAUGUGUGGUUUGACUCUGUGUGUGUGUGGCUUGAUGGUGAAUAUGUGUGGCUUGACUCUGUGUGUGUGUGUGGCUUGAUUGUGUGUGUGGCUUGACUGUGUGUGGCUUGAUGGUGAAUUUGUGUGUGGCUUGACUGUGUGUGUGUGACCCUGUGAAUAUUACAUUUGCUUGAUGGUGUGGCUUGACUGUGUGUGGCUUGAUGGUGAAUUUGUGUGUCGCUUGACUGUGUGUGUGUGACCCUGUGAAUAUUGCAUUUGCUUGAUGGUGUGGCUUGUAUGCUUUGUUGAAUGAUUGGUUGUAUAACUUGUGUUUUAUAUUGUUGUGGCAUGAUUGAUUGCUGUUUGUUGAAUGCGAACUCGUAUCUUGACGAAUAAUCAUGUAUGCUAACUUGGUAUUGGUAGUUCCUGAUCACCUAUUACUUGUUUAGUGUAGACUGACUAUUCUUUUUUCUGAACUUUUUUGUGAUUAUGUCUUCACAUUGCACUGCUCGAUCCAUAUCGACAUGCCCACGCUGUCUGGUGAGGAUAAAGAUGUAAGGAACUCCUCCCAAGAAUCUCUCUUGCUCUUUGUAUUAACUUGACGACUAGGCUUUACAUAUUAAAAAAAUAUUUUUUCGUGAAACUGGAGCUCCUUGCUGUAACCCAUUAUAUGACUUUAUGAGCAUGCACCACUUUCAGGUUAUGAGAAAGAUAGGGUGCCCCAACCAAGAUUGACUUCCUCUCUCUUUCUUAUACAAGGCAUGCAGAAGAUGUGUGGCAAGUAACUCAUUAUGUCAGAUAUUUAGAGUGUACUACUUCACAGUGCCAUCUUUCCCAACAGAUUGAUUUUUUAUAUAUUGAUAUUGGGUUGAAUAGUAUCACAUGUUUGUUUGCAUUUCAUACUUUGGAAAAAUGUUCCUAAUGUUGAUAGAGUAUUUUUUCCUGCAAUAGGCAUGGGAGUUCCUCUCAAAGUUAGGUGAUCUUAGCCAAACUCUGAUUUUUGCCAAAAUUGAGAAUGUGGAGGGCUUGAACCAUUUUGAUGAGAUCCUGGAAGAAGCAUAUGGUAUAAUUCUGUCAAGAGGAAACUUUGGAAUUGAUCUUCAACCUGAAAAGGUGUUCUUAUUUCAGAAGUCUGCUCUGCACAAGUGCAACAUGGCUGGAAAGCCCUGCUGUUGUUACUCAUGUUGUGGACUGUAUGACGGACAACCUAAGGCCUGCUCGCGCGGAGGCAACUGAUGUGGCAAAAAUGCGGUGCUGGACGGUUAGUUUUUGCCUCUUGCUGACAUCUUAUACUUUGGUGAUCCUGUAAGUUUUUGCCUCUUGCAGAAUCCGAUGAAAGUUCUGAUUCCAAAAGCUCUGACUCUGAGAAGCCAGCUACCGAAGUGAAGAAUCCUGCGGGUUGCUACUGCACAAAAGAAAAACCAGGAAUUGGACGGCUCUAGCAGUGAUUCUGAUCGGCUAUCAGGAGGCCGACUGCAGGCCGACUGAGCCCAGUCGGCCCACAGCAGGCCGAUCGGCUAUCAGGAGGCCGACUGCAGGCCGGGCAGCCACGCGGCGGCCGUUGGUUGGUCGUGCCACGUCGCGAGGGGGGAGGCAGCGGCCUGUCGGCGUGAUGCGCCCCUGUCGGCGUCCCGCCCGCCGAUCGGCCACCUGGUGGCCGACAGGGUGCGGCCGACCUGACGCGCGUUGGCCAGCCCGCCCUUAUCCUCUCCUUCUCUCUUUCCUGCAUUAUUUCUUCUCCCUGCCCGCCCAUAUCCUAUCCUUCCUCCAUUAUUCUUCUCCCGUGGCUCAUUCUGCUGUGUUCCUCCUCUCUCUACAGAAAAAUGGCACACAUUUGUACACCUAAAUGAGCUACAUUUUCGCGAUUUUGGCACCGUGAAUGGGUUCAACUCAUUUAGGGCAGCGAAAAGAGGUGUCGAUCUACUGACGGGGUAGCUCGUGGUGGUCGUGGUGAGCAUUUUGGUGGUGGUGGUGGUGGUGAAGUUGGGGCAGUGUUCGUCGUUGGGGCAGUUGGGGUGGUGAGGUGGUGGUGGUGGUGGAGGUGGUGGAGGUGGUGGUGGUGGAGGUCGUUCGUCGUUCUUCGUUCGUGGUUCUUCGUUCUUCGUUCGCACGCACGCUUCAAGGGUGAGUCGAGAUGUCCGAUGUAGUGAAGUUGAGAUUUUACUAUGGUCCUGGUAUUGUCCAAACAAAUGAGUUGGGAGCAGAUCUGAGUGAAUUUACUCACAUAGAGGUUGCAAUCAGCGCACCACAAACAUGGUCUGUUAGUCAGUUGAAAGAAUGGAUUGCGGCAAGUUUAGGUCUUAAUACUGAAACACACACCGUUGGUGUUCAUGCAUUGUGGACACGGUCAAGUUCAAAAAUUUACUUUUAUUUGAGGCCAAUAGAGGGAGACUCCGAUUGGGUGCGGUGGUUACAAGGUUGUGAACGAAGGGGAUGCAAUCCUGUUGCUUUAGUGCUUCCCGUCGUGAAGGAGGUCACUGCAUAUGAAGGGGAGGGUGGCUACGAAGGACAGAGCAGUCAUGUUGAAGGAGGAAAUGCUUAUGGUUACGACCAAGGACAGAGCAGUCAGGUAGAAGGAGGAAAUGCUUAUGGUUAUGAACCAGGGCAGAGUAGUCAGGUAGAAGGAGCAAAUGCCGAUGGUGAUUACAAUGGCGAGGUGGAUGCUGACGAGGUAGAUGGGCACAUGCAGAACCAGAUGGAAGAAGAAGACACCGAUGUUGAAAGGGGUCAUGCCGAUGAUUCUGACGAGUCAGAUGAAGAAGAAAAUGCAGAGGAGGUCCCGAAUCCUGCAUGGUGGAAUCAUGACUUAUCAUCUGCAAUGACCGUGAAUGAUGGACAUGAUUCAGCCUGGCAAUAUCACCAGAACAAUAUUGCGACGGGUGCUAUGUAUCCGAACAAGCAAGCCCUGAAGGAUGCAAUAAUUAAUUGGGCAAUGUCCACGCAAAGGGUUUUCAAAGCUGAGGUGUCCAGUCAGAAAUUCCUCACAAUGGUAUGCAAGAAUGCAGAUUGUCCCGCAAGGGUGCACGGCUUUCUCCCUAAGUAUGGCACAAGUUGGGUGAUAAGUGACUUAAUUAAUCACACUUGUCUUAUUCCCUGCAUCCCUCAAGAUCAUGCCAACCUUUCAUCCACGCUUAUUGCUCGACUGUUUUACGAUGAGAUAGUGCAAGGCAAAGCUAUGGAAUGUCGGGAUUGUGGUUGCUGAAUGGGGACAUUGAUAAGGGUCAUCGUGGUGCGAUAUGGUAUGAGCGCAAGCUUGAGCCUCUCGUCACUCGCACUCCUAAGGAAAACUGGAAGAUACACUCAGGAUGGUUUCAGCGGUACGUGCUUUAUUAAUUUGCACACUGCCAUGCAUAUUAAUGGUUGAAAUGGGAGACAGUAACUGAAAAGUUCUCUGAUGAAGGUUGAAAUGGGCCGGCCUUUUACCUUUCGCGCGUCUGGUUGAGUCUAUCCCGGGUGAGAAAUGCGUCGCCAUCGAUGGGUCUUUGCUGAGCUGCUUAGUGGACCGUUGGAGGCCAGAGACCCACACGUUUCACUUCAGAUGGGGAGAGAUGGCUCCUACUCUGGAGGAUGUGUCACUUUUGCUCGGACUACCGUUGGCAGGUCAUGCCGUAGGACCGUUGGACGCACCGGCUGGUUGGGAGCGAGCUCUUACAGAACGUUUUCACGGUGUUUUUCCGGAUGCUCCCGAUCCGGUAUGGGAGCAUCACGGACCUAAGUAUGAGUGGUUGCUAAAUUUUCGGAUCCAGAACUUCCGGGCGCCCUUGACUGCGGAACAGAUCACUCGGAGCCUCGAGGCCUACUUACUGUGGCUUUUCGGCAAGGUGAUGUUCACGGAGAACCAUGUCACCACUAUUAGCGCCCUCUACAUCCCUAUGGCACUCGAGAUAGCGAGCGCUCAGACGGCGGAUCAGAUCAGACAGAGGAGUUGGGGUUCGGCGGUGUUAGCGGCUACAUACCGAGGUAUGUGCAACGGUUGCCAGCUUACAUCGAGAAAGCCAACCCUUCUUGGAUGCCCUCUAUUCCUACAGCUGUGGUCGUGGGAGAGGUUCUCUAUAGGGCGACCAGAUGUACGGGUUCAUGAGCCUAUAGACGCCAUGUUUGAUGUUGAGGGCAUCGACAUGCCUACUUUCGGUCUGUGUUGGACUCGUCGCAAGAGACGCUUUGCUAGUGAUCAGACCAGGAAGGCGUACACAGCAUUGAACGAGCAGUUCGAUGCGUACACCGGGGUCAUCUGGCAGCCCUACACGGAAGCAGCCAUACAAGCGAGAUACCCUGCUGGUAUGUCUGUGCUAUGCACAAGGGAUCGAGAUUACUGGAUGACAAAAUCGAAGAUCAUCUUCGAUGUCUUCGUCGAGGAGAUGGCACAACAGAGGAUUAUGAGGCAAUUUGGUCUUCUGCAGUUGGAGCUACCUCCCCCUAUAGAGAACCCGGUGCCAGCACACAUCCACAGGACGACAAGGAAGGGCAUGAACAGGACAACUGCUGACUGGCUAGUUAGACUAGAGCCGUAUGUUAUAGAAUGGGAGACAGCAAACACAAAUCUAUGGCACGAGAAUCACAAUUUCGAUCUCGAUGAAUUCAAUCUCUAUUUGCGGCGCUACAUGACCGGUACACAGUUACGCAUUGUUGAGUACUCCCACCCAGAGGAGUUAUCGGAUCCUACUCCGUCGGAUAUGUACCCGAGCUAUGAUACUUCGGGUUCUAGGCAGUACACGGCUACCUUGACACGCGAACUGUACGACGACGUGACCACCUUUGGACGAUCACUAUCGUCUGGACCUCUUCUUCAACAUCGUCCAGUGGUACAACCCUUCUUGGAAAGAAUUCAGAAUAAGAUACGGACUGUGUACGAGGCUAUCACGUGCACCCGGAGAACCGAUGUUGUUCAGCACGAGCAGGAGCAGCCGCGUCACUCCAUGCAACGACAUCAACCACGUCCACGCCUAGCACAGCAGCCGACAACCAGGCCAUCCCGUCCUGACCAACCUGGCAGUUCUACGUGGCACCCGCAGCACUAUGGUCCCACGUCGAGCUUCAUGUUUUCUCCACAGCCACAGCAACACGGUCCCUCGUCGAGCUUCGUGUUUUCUCCACAGCCACAGCAGCACGGUCCCUCGUCCAGUUUCGUGUUUCAGCCAGAGCAGACGUCACACCCAGCAGGGGCCUAUGGAUAUCAGGCGUCUAUGUCGGCAUCACAUGAUACGUGGGGGAGUGAUCAACAUCUCGAGGACAACAUACAGGCUCAGAUGUCGCAGCACACCCAGUGGAUGAACAUGUUUUCGACUCCUCCACCAGGCCCCACACAGGAUACACAGCAUGACCAGGGAGAGUCUGAGAUUCCUCCUCGUCACGUUAGGGCACCCGACAGAUUGGGAUGGUCCCCGAUUCCAGAUCCGCCUCCCCGCCAGGCCAGACGUCGUCACUGACGCUUCUAUGUAUCUGUAUCAGUAGAGACAUUACCAUCUAUUUUUGUGUAAGACUUAUGUCUAUUCUAUGUAUGAGACAAAUGACUAUGUACUUAUGUACGAGA